CUGGUUAUUCCCGGUUGCAGUGGAUCCGACCACCUUGUUUCGGCCGGUUGUUGAAUGGCGGAUCGCGAUUACGUCCCACUCGGUAUGAACAGCGCCGGCAGUAUGGUGGCGGCGGCCCAGACCGUCCACCAGCUGUCGUCGGCGCACCAAGCGAGCACCGCCCCGGACUACUCAUUGGAAACCCCAUCCAAUGCCGUCGAACGUCACAAAUCCCGUCGUCGUCUCAAACGCAAUGUGACGCUUGCAGUCGUAGGGGUGGCGUUGGCUUCCGUCGUGACGGCCCUGUUGGCCAUGACUUGGCACCUCAGCACCGUUUGCUACGUGGCCUUUUGCAUCCCCCUGGCGGUUGCACCCUACACAAUUGUGCAGCGGGUGUGGUUGAACAAGAUGCCAACCUUUCGCCAAGUUAUCAAUCAGUGUCGGGAGGCGUGCAAUCGACUUUAUUACCAAAACGGGCGACUACACGAGGAGAUUUCUCGGCUCCAGCUCGAAGUGGCCAAGUUGGAAGGACUGGAAGAAGAGCUACAGCAAACGGCUCAACAAAAUGGAUUAAACGUCGAAGAGUUCCGUUGUUUAGUAAAGGAAAAUGGAGAAGUACAACGAGAAAUGAAGAAACUCCAACAAGCGCGGGAGCUACAAAGCUUUUUGGCAGCAAUCCUACAGUCCGAUGUGGACGGUAACAGCCAACUUUCCGCAAUGGAAAUGAACCAGCUCAUGAUCCGACUCCGUGCCUUUUCCACUCGUCCAGUGGACGAAGAACGUCUCCGUGAGGCCUUUCGCAUGUCAUCCGCCUACAGUACCACAACUCUAUUCGCAAAGAAUUCGCAAGUUUACAAAGAGAGUCAACAAGAUCAAGAGUCGAUAUUUGGCGUGGCGUUUGAUUAUGACGCAAUGGUCUAA